AUGUCGAGAGGCAGCUUUGUCUUCACGCCCAUGGCCUUGCGUUCUUUUGAACUUGACGAGGACAUGCUCCAGACACACAAGUACAAGAGGCAGAUGGCCUCCCAUCAGCUCAGCAGCUACAUGUGCAAGAAGGAGGCCAGAGACCGGGUGCUGCUGAGGUCCAGCUCUGCUCUCCCACCGGCAAUGUGCCACGACUUGGUGGUUCAGAAUGCUCUGUACACAGGAGACUUGGAGGCCAUGCGGCAACUCUUUCCCAGAGGAUCCACAGCAAACCUCAUCAUUGAGCCACAGGGAGGGGACAUGCACUGGGUCGCCAGAGGGGAAGGACUGUGGUCGCUGACCUACGAGCAGGAACUGACCACGCCGCUUCACAUCACAGCUGGACGAGGGUUCACUGACUGCCUGAAGCUGCUCCUGCAGCGUGGGGCCAACGUGGACCUGGCGCCCGGCGGCACGACUGCUCUGCACGAGUCCUGUGAAAACUGCCAGCCGGAGUGCACCAAGCUGCUGCUCAUCCACGGCGCUAACGCCAACGCUGUCUCCGAGGACGGCCUCAUGCCUCUGCACAUUUGCACAACCUCAGAAUCUCUCGAAUGUGCCAAACAUCUCCUUCAGUACGGUGCGGCAAUCAAUGGACGCAGCGUGGAAGAAGAAAACACUCCCUUGCAUGUGGCAGCCCGGUACGGCCUCUCCGACCACACUGAGCUCUACCUGCGCUACGGAGCAGCUGUGGACAGACAGAACGAGGAGGGUCUCACGCCUCUGAACGCUGCUUGUUCUCAGCCCCAGGAGGAGCAGGACCUCAAGCGGUACUUCCAGGUGGUCCAGAUGCUGAGGGGAGCAGGGGCCGACGUCCACACGAUGGACCACGACAAACGCACUCCUUUGCACAUGGCCUGCAAGCACGCCAAUCCAGACAUAGUGGAUCUUCUCCUGGCCAACGGGGCCUGUGUUAACGACAUGGACUACGGUGGCGAGGCCCCCAUGCACAACAUCCUGAAGGUGGUGUGCUACAAGAUUUCCCAUCAGCCCGAGAGGAUCGUCCGCGCCCUGCUCAACCACGGUUCUAUCCGGGUGUGGCCUGGAGCUCUGCCCUUGGUUCUGAAGCACUGCUGCCAAUCUCCACGCACCAUCGAGGUCCUGCUGAACGCCUACAGCCGCCUCAAAGUCACAGACGCCUGGAAUGAGUCCGUUUCUACAGAGGUGUUAAAGGGGCACAAGGACUUCUAUGAGUCCAUCUUCUCCUUGGCGCUGGCCCCCCGCUCCUUGCAGCACUUGGCGCGCUGCAGACUCAGGAGCUUCCUGGAGGGCCGAGUGCACAAGGUGGUCCCCAAACUCGACCUUCCCACCUUCAUCAAGAACUACCUGCUCCUGGAGUACAGAGGCUACCUGCACUGA